UUAACCUACGGCAAAAAGAGUGGUACUACACCGACAACACCAACCGCUAGACUUCAUUUGGUUUCUCUCUGCUUUGUGAAAACAACUACGUUCAAGGUUCUAGAUAUUUCGUCGAACUACGCGAAAAAGUGAGUGAGUGCUGGAUGAAACGUUUCGUUGAAGAACAAUAAUGACGGUUAAUAAAUCCACGAAAAUGACUAAAAAAAAUUCUUCUAAAACUGCGAGUGCAAGUGUUACCUCUCAGCAAACGUCUAAAUCAGUGAGUUCAAAAGUAUCUUCAGAAGUUCAGCAAUUUUCCAAAGGUAAUGUUUCCAAAUCGUCUUCAGCUUCUAGUAUUCAAAUUGCUGAUGUAUCACAUUUACCUGUUAAUGCAAGUAGUACCACAUAUACAGUAACUGAAGUGUUACCUGCGGGAGGUGGAGAAAGAAUCACAACAUAUGGUGAAACUGGAGGAGCUACUUCCACAGAAUAUAGACAUUUCAUCGAACGCGAUAAUUCUACCCAAAAUUCAAAAAUCGAACAAAUAGAUUCUGUCUUGAAUCAGUCAACAUCUAAUAUAUCUAUAGACUCUGCAUCUACUUAUACAGUUACUGAACCAAAGGAAGAAUACAAGCUCACUUACAACGUGAAUGAUUCGGGCUGGAAUGGCAAAUUUGUUAUGGAAUCAGAUUCAAACACAACCUCCAAACGAGGAACAAUUAAUCGCUCAAGCCAACAAACAUCAAGAAGUACAUCAACGAACACGAAAAAUAUCUCGAAUACUUCAGGUUUCAACGAAACGUUCACGGUUGACAGGAAGAUUCAUGGACAAGAUACUCAUUACAACACUUCCACCGCUCAUAUCACAGAGAAAUCAAAUGACAAAGCAAGUGCAAUAAGUUCCAUGGGUGCAUCAAGAGUAGAAACAAGAAAAUUGAAAGAAACAGAUAAAAAGGGAAGACAAACCACAAAUUUGAGUGGCACACAAACGUCAAGUGACAGUCAUAGUCUUAAUACAACUUACACCAAAAUUGAUGAUUGUGAGAAUAGCUUUUCAUCAAAUGUAAGUCAAUAUAAAAGAAGUGAACAUGUCGACACCGAACAGAAAACGUCUAAAACCAGCCAAACGAAAACAGAUCGAAAAAUCACUACGAGCACUAGAGGAUCAAGUGGUUGGAAUGGAAAGUUUAUCGUGGAUGCACAUGAUAAAUCUGGUACAGAUUUGAAGACCAGCACUAUUGAAAGAACUUCAAGUGGCAAUGAUAUUCAACAGAGACCAACAUCUUCUACUGAAACUUUUAUUUUGAGUGAAAUAAAUGAAAAUAAUGCUGAUACUCGUGCGGGCAGCAGCAAUCAAGAAAAAAGAUAUACAGUCAAGGAUAUAAAAUCGAAAGGUAAUAAAAAAGAUGAAACAAGUAAAUUAAUAUUAACAGAAAUAUACGAUAAUGUUGAAAAAUAUGGAAACCGUUCGAAUAUUAGAGACGAUAUUAGUGUACAAUCUGAUGCCACCUACACAAAGGAAAGUACUGAAGAUCUGAAAAACUCUGAGUUCUAUUCAAGGGGAUAUAAAUAUUCGGAUGAUAGGAACAUAGACAGAAUAUCAGUAGAUAUAAACGAAUCCAGAAAUACACCAAGAAUAGAAUCAUCGGCAAAGAAUAUUAGUAUCGCAAAAGAAGGUUCUUCAAAAACAUUUGAUAACACCGAAACUGUAGAUUACCGAACAGUCGUGAUUCAAAAUUCUAAAACAAUUUCAGAUAAUUCAUCUGAAUCUCAAAAGCAUCAUAAUAAAAAAUUGGUAGAAAGAUCUGAACCGCCUAGAAAAAAGACAUUACAUACUAGAAAGAACACAGAUAAUUCUUAUAAAAGGAGGGAAGGGAGUAUAAGCCCUAGACGGAAUUCAACAAAAUCGAAUAUACAAGAAUCGACAACAAACGAGGAAAACACAAUAAUUUACAAGAACUAUUCUGAUGUCGCAGAUUCAAGUGAUUAUAUCAGAACAACGACUGAAGAUUCAACGUUCAUCGUUGAUAGAAAAUAUACAACCAAUGAUUCGGAAAUAAGAGAUAACAUAAGAGAAUCACAACAUUCGACUUCAAGUUGGUCAGAAAGACCUACACUUCCACAAAAUACCAACUUUUCUACAUCUGAUAGCAAUGUAAUUACGAAAAAUUAUAAAACUAAGAGUGAUAUUUCGGAUAUCGAGAUUUCACAAUUUGAUACUUUAACUAGCAUCACAGAGAACAUAAUCGAACAAGAAAUCACGAAAGAUAUUGUUCAAUUCGAAAAUGAAAUUCAUAAACUCGAAAAUAGAUUGAACGAAAGAUCUAUCCUAGACAGAGGUGUGGUUGAUUCCACGAAACAACCUAGAGGUGAUGAACCAAUAACAAUAAUUGAUGCAGUAGAGCACGUAGAUAUAAGAGUAAGUGAUAUAAUCAGUCGAAACGAAGAAAAAGUAAUUGUUGAAGUUGAGAAAGACAUUAUAUUGAAAACUCACUCUGGAUCGAACUCUUUCGUCGAUACAACAGUUUUGGACCUAAGCGAAAGUAGAAUUGAAAAUAUUGAUAAACGACACACCGUAGACGAAUACGAUACGAUCUUCAAAGAGAAUAUUACAAGCAUCAAAGAUAUUAACGAAGAAGAAAAUAUUACCAAUAUAAAGAAGGUAGUGAACAAUACAGUUAUCAAUAUCGAAAAAACUGUCAGAGAAACAUUACCAGAUGUUAAAUAUAUACCCCCCAAAAAGGAGGCUUGCAUCUGUGAGCUCUGUACUUGUGGACGUCAUACUUGCCCUCACAACCCGGAAAACUAUAAUGAUCACCUACAUCUUGAUGGUCCUUUCAUUGGAGCUCCCAAAGAUGAAUAUAAUGCAACGUAUGGUGAAAGAGCUCCCAUGAAGAUUCCUAAAGAUAACUUAAAAGUUGAAGGUGAUUUCGCGAAAAGGGAACCAAGUAAAUGGCAACCGGGAGAACGAGAACCAAUUCGUAGACCUCAAGAUAAUCUCCAUCCCGAGGGAGAUUUUUUUAAGAGGAAACCUGAAAUUUGGCAACCUGGGGAAAGAGAACCAAUAAGAAAACCACAAGAUAAUCUGAAACUUGAAGGAGAUUUUCCUCAAAGAUCAACAGAAAAAUGGAGACCAGCAGAAAGAAUUUCAAUGAAAAAACCAGAUGACCAUCUUGGUCCAGAAGAGGGAGAAUUCGAAAAAAGGCAUCCAGAAACAUGGCAACCUGGUGAUAGAGCACCUAUUAAAAAACCACAUGAUAAUUUAAGGCUUGAGGGAGACUUCACGAAAAGAAUAGCAGAGGAAUUCAUUCCUGCGGAAAGACCACAACCGAAUAAACCAAAGGAUAAUCUUCACCCAGAAGGUGAUUUUGAAAAGAGACUUCCAGCGCAGUUUGAACCAUCACCAAGACCAUCUAUGAAAAAACCAGAAGAUAAUCUUCGACCAGAAGGUGAAUUCCAAAAGAGAACGCCAGUAGAAUUUAUUCCUGCAGAAAGACCAAAUCAGAUAAAACCAGAAGACAAUUUACGACCAGAAGGAAAAUUUGAAAGGAGAACCCCAGAAAAGUUUGAACCUGCAGAAAGACAAAAACAAAAAAAACCAGAAGAUAAUUUGCGACCUGAAGGUGAAUUUCAGAAGAGAACAACAGAACAGUUUAUUCCUGCAGAAAGACCUAAGCCGAAGAAACCUGUUGAUAAUCUACGGCCAGAAGGAGAAUUUGAAAAGAGAUCUCCAGAAAAGUUCAUACCUGCAGAUAGGCCAGUGCUGAAAAAACCAGAGGACAACUUACGACCAGAAGGUGAUUUCGAGGGUAGAACACCGCAAAAGUUUAUACCUGCAGAUAGACCUCAACAGAAAAAACCUGAGGAUAAUUUAAGAAUAGAGGGUGAAUUCGAGAAGAGAGAACCUGAGAAAUUCAUUCCUGCUGAACGCCCCGUACAAAUAAAGCCAGUCGAUAAUCUUCGACCGGAGGGGAAAUUCACAAGUAUUCAAAAAACAGAUGAUUAUAAAAUUGAAAAAAUUGAAAGAAGAGAACUUAUUCGGCAUGAAGAUAACCUCACUAUAGGAGGAGAAUUUAUUGAUGUAACUACCUCACAGGUUGACUUCACCGAGCAUCGAACUGAAAAGGAGAAACCGAUACGUCGUAAUACUUUUACCAAAAUUGAAGGAGAUUUUUCUUCAGAUACUACUAGUAGAAGUGAAUAUAUUGAUUUUACUUCUAUGAUAGAAAAUAUUUCGAUUGAAAAAAGAAGAGAUAAUUUGUCCCUUGAAGGUAAAAUGGUUUUUGAUACUUCUCACACCGACGAAUAUACAGAAAAAACAACUCCUGUUCAAAGAAGAAGGAGAACUUGGACGAAAGAAGAUGUCGAAAAAUUUUACUCCCAAGAAAGCACUGAAGUUAUAACAACAUCACAUGAAGAUUAUAGAAAAUUCAAUAUAAAAGAUAUCAGUGAAACAAGAGAACAAAUCGUUAUUAGGAGUGAUAAUUUAAAAUCAGAUGGCCCCUUUGAAGGCAUACCGAAAACCAAGGAAGACUACACACCAAAACAAAUUGAGAGACAUAUUAUUAAAAAACCUCUUGACAAUUUGAAGACAGAAGGAGACUUUACCAAACGAACUCAAGAGGAAUUUGUUCCAGCGGAACGACCUGAGAUAAUGAAACCGAAGGACAAUUUGUUCAUGGAAGGUAUUAUUGAAACCCCAGAUAAACCAGAAUAUCGUUCAGCAGACAGGCCAAUACAGAAAAAACCUAAAAACAACCUUUUCCCGGAAGGGGAAUUCGAAAAAAGAACUAUAGAAAAAUUUAUUCCUGCUGAGAUACCUAAGCAGAAGAGGCCAAAAGAUAAUCUAUAUAUGGAGGGUGAUUUUGAGAGGCCACAAAAACCGGAAUAUCAACCUGCUGAUAGACCGAAACAGACUAAACCCCAAGAUAAUCUUAUUUCAGAGGGUGACUUCGAGAGAAGAAUACCAGAAAAAUUUGUUCCUGCUGAAAGACCUAAGCAGAAGCGACCACAAGAUAAUCUUCACAUGGAGGGUGAUUUUGAAGAACCUCAGAAACCAGAAUAUCAUUACGCAGAAAGGCCAAAGCAGAUAAGACCAGAAGACAACCUUCACCCAGAAGGAGACUUCGUUAAAAGAACUCCUGACAAAUUUGUUCCUGCAGAUAUACCUAAACCCAAGAAACCAAAAGAUAAUCUGUUCAUGGAAGGUGAGUUUGAAACUCCAGAAAAACCCAAAUAUCGUCCUGCAGAAAGACCAAAACAGAUAAAACCAGAAGACAAUCUUCACCCAGAGGGAGAUUUCGUUAAAAGAACUCCUGAUAAAUUUAUUCCUGCAGAUAUACCGAGACCCAAAAAACCUAAAGAUAAUUUGUUCAUGGAAGGUGAGUUCGAAACUCCAGAAAAACCGAAAUAUCGUCCUGCUGAAAGACCGAAGCAGAAAAAACCUCAAGAUAAUCUUUAUAUGGAAGGUGAUUUUGAAGAACCUCAAAAACCGGAGUAUCGUCCUGCAGAAAGACCAAAGCAGAUAAGACCAGAAGACAACCUUCACCCAGAGGGAGAUUUCGUUAAAAGAACUCCUGAUAAAUUUGUUCCUGCAGAUAUACCUAAACCCAAUAAACCAAAAGAUAAUCUAUUCAUGGAAGGUGAGUUUGAAACUCCAGAAAAACCGAAAUAUCGUCCUGCUGAAAGACCGAAGCAGAAAAAGCCCCAAGAUAAUCUUUAUAUGGAGGGUGAUUUUGAAGAACCUAAAAAACCUGAAUAUCAUUAUGCAGAAAGACCAAAGCAGAUAAGACCAGAAGACAACCUUCACCCAGAAGGAGAUUUCGUUAGAAGAACUCCUGACAAAUUUGUUCCUGCAGAUAUACCUAAACCUAAUAAACCAAAAGAUAAUCUGUUCAUGGAAGGUGAGUUUGAAACUCCAGAAAAACCAAAAUAUCGUCCCGCUGAAAGACCGAAGCAGAAAAAACCCCAAGAUAAUCUUUAUAUGGAGGGUGAUUUCGAAGAACCUCAAAAACCAGAAUAUCGUCCUGCAGAAAGACCAAAGCAGAUAAGACCAGAAGACAACCUUCACCCAGAGGGAGAUUUCGUUAAAAGAACUCCUGAUAAAUUUGUUCCUGCAGAAAUACCGAAACCCAAUAAACCAAAAGAUAAUCUGUUCAUGGAAGGUGAGUUUGAAACUCCAGAAAAACCGAAAUAUCGUCCUGCUGAAAGACCGAAGCAGAAAAAACCUCAAGAUAAUCUUUAUAUGGAGGGUGAAUUUGAAGAACCUCAAAAACCGGAAUAUCGUCCUGCAGAAAGACCUAAGCAGAUAAGACCAGAAGACAACCUUCACCCAGAGGGAGAUUUCGUUAGAAGAACUCCUGAUAAGUUUGUUCCUGCAGAUAUACCUAAACCUAAUAAACCAAAAGAUAAUCUGUUUAUGGAAGGUGAGUUUGAAACUCCAGAAAAACCAAAAUAUCGUCCCGCUGAAAGACCGAAGCAGAAAAAACCCCAAGAUAAUCUUUAUAUGGAGGGUGAAUUUGAAGAACCUCAAAAACCGGAAUAUCGUCCUGCAGAAAGACCAAAGCAGAUAAGACCAGAAGACAACCUUCACCCAGAGGGAGAUUUCGUUAGAAGAACUCCUGAUAAAUUUGUUCCUGCAGAUAUACCUAAACCUAAUAAACCAAAAGAUAAUCUGUUCAUGGAAGGUGAGUUUGAAACUCCAGAAAAACCAAAAUAUCGUCCCGCUGAAAGACCGAAGCAGAAAAAACCCCAAGAUAAUCUUUAUAUGGAGGGUGAUUUCGAAGAACCUCAAAAACAAGAAUAUCGUCCUGCAGAAAGACCGAAGCAGAAAAAACCCCAAGAUAAUCUUUAUAUGGAGGGUGAUUUCGAAGAACCUCAAAAACCAGAAUAUCGUCCUGCAGAAAGACCUAAGCAGAUAAGACCAGAAGACAACCUUCACCCAGAGGGAGAUUUCGUUAAAAGAACUCCUGAUAAAUUUGUUCCUGCAGAAAUACCGAAACCCAAUAAACCAAAAGAUAAUCUGUUCAUGGAAGGUGAGUUUGAAACUCCAGAAAAACCAAAAUAUCGUCCCGCUGAAAGACCGAAGCAGAAAAAACCCCAAGAUAAUCUUUAUAUGGAGGGUGAAUUUGAAGAACCUCAAAAACCGGAAUAUCGUCCUGCAGAAAGACCAAAGCAGAUAAGACCAGAAGACAACCUUCACCCAGAGGGAGAUUUCGUUAGAAGAACUCCUGAUAAAUUUGUUCCUGCAGAUAUACCUAAACCUAAUAAACCAAAAGAUAAUCUGUUCAUGGAAGGUGAGUUUGAAACUCCGGAAAAACCAAAAUAUCGUCCCGCUGAAAGACCGAAGCAGAAAAAACCCCAAGAUAAUCUUUAUAUGGAGGGUGAUUUCGAAGAACCUCAAAAACCAGAAUAUCGUCCUGCAGAAAGACCAAAGCAGAUAAAACCAGAAGACAACCUUCACCCAGAAGGAGAUUUCGUUAAAAGAACUCCUGAUAAAUUUGUUCCUGCAGAAAUACCGAAACCCAAUAAACCAAAAGAUAAUCUGUUCAUGGAAGGUGAGUUUGAAACUCCAGAAAAACCGAAAUAUCGUCCUGCUGAAAGACCGAAGCAGAAAAAGCCCCAAGAUAAUCUUUAUAUGGAGGGUGAUUUUGAAGAACCUCAAAAACCUGAAUAUCAUUAUGCAGAAAGACCAAAGCAGAUAAGACCAGAAGACAACCUUCACCCAGAAGGAGAUUUCGUUAGAAGAACUCCUGACAAAUUUGUUCCUGCAGAUAUACCUAAACCUAAUAAACCAAAAGAUAAUCUGUUCAUGGAAGGUGAGUUUGAAACUCCAGAAAAACCAAAAUAUCGCCCCGCUGAAAGACCGAAGCAGAAAAAACCCCAAGAUAAUCUUUAUAUGGAGGGUGAAUUUGAAGAACCUCAAAAACCGGAAUAUCGUCCUGCAGAAAGACCAAAGCAGAUAAGACCAGAAGACAACCUUCACCCAGAGGGAGAUUUCGUUAGAAGAACUCCUGAUAAAUUUGUUCCUGCAGAUAUACCUAAACCUAAUAAACCAAAAGAUAAUCUGUUCAUGGAAGGUGAGUUUGAAACUCCAGAAAAACCGAAAUAUCAUCCUGCUGAAAGACCGAAGCAGAAAAAACCUCAAGAUAAUCUUUAUAUGGAGGGUGAUUUUGAAGAACCUCAAAAACCAGAAUAUCGUCCUGCAGAAAGACCAAAGCAGAUAAGACCAGAAGACAACCUUCACCCAGAAGGAGAUUUCGUUAGAAGAACUCCUGACAAAUUUGUUCCUGCAGAUAUACCUAAACCUAAUAAACCAAAAGAUAAUCUGUUCAUGGAAGGUGAGUUUGAAACUCCAGAAAAACCGAAAUAUCGUCCUGCUGAAAGACCGAAGCAGAAAAAACCUCAAGAUAAUCUUUAUAUGGAGGGUGAUUUUGAAGAACCUCAAAAACCAGAAUAUCGUCCUGCAGAAAGACCAAAGCAGAUAAGACCAGAAGACAACCUUCACCCAGAAGGAGAUUUCGUUAAAAGAACUCCUGAUAAAUUUGUUCCUGCAGAUAUACCGAAACCCAAAAAACCAAAAGAUAAUCUGUUCAUAGAAGGUGAGUUUGAAACUCCAGAAAAAUUGGAGUAUCUUCCUGCUGAAAGACCGAAGCAGAAAAAACCAGAAGAUAAUCUUCAUCCAGAGGGUGAUUUCGAGAGAAGACGACUGGAACCUUUCGUUCCUGCAGAGAGACCUAAGCAGAAGAGACCCCAAGAUAAUCUCCAUCCAGAAGGCGAAUUCGAUAGGCCGGAUAUCAUUGAAGUUGGUCCUUGUGAAUUGAGGCGGUCAAUCAAACGGUCCGAUAAUUUAAAACUUGAGGGAUCAAUGAAUAUGACAAGAAAAGAUGAAUAUAAUAUAACACGAGGAAUUCGAGAUGAUAUUGUUAUUAGGAAGGAUAAUCUUCGAAUGGAAGGGGAAUUUACAGAUGUUCGUUCACGAGAUGAUUACAGAGUUUCGAAAGGUAAACGAUCCGAAAUGGUUAUUCAUCGAGAUAAUCUCAAAUUACAAGGUGAGUUCAAUGAAGUUAGAAGACGAGAUGAAUUCGUCACAGUUUCUGAGAGACAGGAGAUAAUCAAACAUGAAGAUAAUUUGUAUUUAGAAGGUAGCAUUUCAUUACCAGCAAAAAUUGAAUAUAUUCCCUCAGAGAGACCUAUUAUGAAAAAACCAAUAGAUAACUUAAAACUGGAAGGGGAAUUUGAACGAAAGAGAUCUGAUGAGUUCACUCCUGCUCAAAGACCAGAGCAGAUAAAACCUCACGAUAACCUAUACCCAGAAGGUGAGUUCUUGAUACCAGAAAAGCCUGGAUACCAUCCUGCGGAAAGGGUAACACCAAAAGUCCCGACUGACAAUUUAAAGAGCGAGGGUGAUUUCGAUCGGCCAGAAAAGCCGAUUUAUAGACCAGCAGAACGUCCUGCACAAAAAAAAUAUCAAGAUAACUUGCGACCUCAAGGCGAGUUUGAAAAAAGAACCCCACAAAAAUUCAUACCCGCCGAGAUACCUAAACAAAAAAAACCUAAAGAUAAUCUUCGGAUACCUGAAGGAAAUUUUGAAAACAGAACUCCUGAAAAGUUCGUUCCUGCUGAAAGACUUGAGCAGAAAAGGCCUGAAGACCAUCUUAAACUUGAAGGAAGUUUCGAAAGAAGAACUCCUGAAAAGUAUAUACCGGCGGAAAAACCCAAGCAGAAAAGACCACAAGAUAAUUUAUUCAUGGAAGGUGAUUUUGACAUGCCUGAUAAACCAGGUUAUUCUCCAGCAGAAAGACCUAAGCAAAAAAUACCCCAAGAUAACUUGAAACUUGAAGGCGACUUCGUAUCGAGAAAAACUGAUAAAUAUGUUCCUACUGAAAGGCCGAAGCAGAUAAAACCUGUCGAUAAUCUCAAACCUCUUGAUGGUGAGUUCGAGAAAAGAACACAAGAAAAAUUCUUCACUCCAGAAAGAUCAAUUCCCAUAAAACCUAAGGAUAAUCUCAAACUGGAAGGUGAUUUUGUCAGGAGAACACCUGAUAGGUAUGAAUCAACCGAACGACCAAUACAAAUAAAACCAGAAGAUAAUCUUAAACCGUCCGAAGAAGAUUUUCCAAAGAGAAUAAUAGAAUCCUUUAUUCCUUCAGAAAAACAAAAACAAUAUAAGCCACAAGAUAAUAUCAAACCUUCUGAUGGCAAAUUUGAAAAAAGACUCACGGAAAAAUUCAUACCGGCUGAUAGACAAAGUCAGAAAAAACCGAAAGAUAACUUGCGAAAUGAAGGAGAAUUCGAUAGACCAGAAAUCAUCGAACUUGGACCUUGUGAAUUACGUCGUCCAAUUAAACAUAAAGAUAACCUCCGUUUGGAAGGAGAACAUGACAUGAGAAGAAAGACAAUAUCAGUUAAUAGUAGAAUAAGUCGUGAAAAUGAAGACCUAACAAAACAUAAUAUAAAUCGAAUUGAUGUUCUCAGAGUUAAUAGUCAGCGGAAUGAUGUUAUCAAUGUGAGUGACCUUGUUGACUCGAAAAGGGAUACUAGAGUUACUGAUAGUGUUGAAUCAUAUCGUGAAACUUCUACUGAUAAUUCCAAAAUCAGGGAAGAUAGCAGCACUGUCAAUGUGGCGAACAAACAAGUAACAAUUACUGAAAGAAGAACGGUAAUAAAUAAACAAGAACAUAACGAAAGUAAUCAACAAAGUUUCACUGAGAAAAUAACAGAUAAAUUUGUAUCGCCCAAUGUAUCAUCAGAUAAUAUAUCUAUUGAAUUGAAUCGAUCAAUAUCGCCCGGUCAGAAUCAUAGUCGAUCUACUAUCGUUCAAAAUAUGGAUAAUACGAUAUCUCGAGGAAAUACUCGAUUUUCUUCAGAAGAUAAGAGUACAGAAUAUAAUCAAUUGAAAAAACCCAGAGAUAGUUUGAAUAUUAAGGAAGAACGUUAUGAAUUUAACAAUAGGAAAGUUGAAACAAUUACAAAAAUUUCCAAUGCUGCAGAUAAGACUUCAAAUACUCUUGUUUCAAAAAAUGUUGCAGCAGGUGCUAAUCGGAAACGUCAUAUGGAAUCUUCAUUUUCUCUUGGUUCUGACAUUUCAGUUAUGAAAACGACUAAUCAAAUUGACCGCAUGAACGUAGAAAAACAUUCCAAAAAUAUAAUUAAUCAAAAGAGUAUCGUUAUUAAGACGAAAGAAAUGAAACACUUGAAUACUGACAAAAAUGAUCAACAUUCAAUUUCAAGAAAUACUAAAAUGGUAAAAAAUUCACCUGAAAUUAAUUCCGAAAUAGACUUAAGUCAGAGUUCGAAAACUAUCAAUACAACUAGCAAUAAUGCAACCAAUAGGUCUAUUACCGUGAAUUCUAAUAUUUCUGAAAAUAUUGAUUCUCAUUCUAAUAUAAGACACACUGUGAAAUCAAAUGAUUGCAAACAAAAUAAACAAUCAUCAAAUAUUUUGCAAACAAAUACAAGAGUUCUUGAUAUUAAUAAUAGUAUUAAUAAAGUAAACCAAGAUAACAAAGGAUUAAUGGAUAUUUCGAAUAUAUCUCAGUCUUCCAGCAAUUCAAAUAUUUCACAGCAUACUGCAACAAAUCAAGUCAUUAAUCAUCACCAUCGUAAGAGUAUUGUGACCAACUCUGAAGACGUAAAUAAUCAAAUUCUUUAUCGUAAAGGUAUUCACACAUCUUCGGAAGCUCUACAUGCUACAAGCAAAUCGGCUUUAGAUAUGCGGAAAUCUAUAUGUAAUUUACACAAUCAAGGUCAAAGCCAUGUUCAACAUGAACGUCGUAGUUUGAGCUCUAUACACAGGUCGAAUCAAGAAGCUAAAGAGCAGAACAGAAGAAGUCUUCAACAUAGUAGUUCUUCGAAUCAAUACCAAGUUAUAGAGCGGCCACAAAAAAUUAUUCGGAGGGAUAAUUUAUCUGUUGGUGGACAUUUCUAUGGUCAGUCUGAAGCAAGAUCAUAUGGACAAUUCACCCAGGAAAAGAAUAUCCAUUCUGUUGAAAAAGUGACUAGAAGGUCGAAUGUUUCUAACAUCUCUCUUGGAGAAAACAAUGUGGAUAUUGUAACUUCGUACAAGAGGGAAUAUUUGCCAAGGAACGUAGGACUUUGUCCGGCUUCUUUAGUGGACACUCCAAAGGGUCCGUUCAAACAUACAAGAGAUACUAAAUCUCAUAAAUUCUAUGCUCCAGUGAUUUCUCCUACUAAAUGAUGUUAACUUACUUUGUAUUGCAAUGUAUUGCAUGUAUUGCAAAUUUAGCUUACUGCCUAUACUCAACUUCAUUUUUUAUUCUACGAAAUAUUCAAGGUAUAUGUUAAACGUUAUUUUAUUCUGUUGAAAAUGUCUGAAGAUGCUUCUACUAAUACAUGAAUAAAAGUAAAUUUCUUUUAAA